AUGGAUCCCGGCAUGGAGCAACUUAGGCAAACUUUGGUUGAGGUUGAGACAGAAGCUGAGGAACUUCUUUUAGCAAGACACCAAGCUAAUUACAUCCUGUAUCAACAACUUGUAGAAAAUGAUAGGCUUAGAAAUGGUAAUGGACAAGCUCUCACAGUUCUACGUAGGAGAGCACAAACAACAAUGAGUAGUGUUCCAUCACCCUUCGAAGUAAUCAUGCGAGAAAUAGAGGGAGCAAAGGCAUUAGUGAAGGAGAUCUGUCCAACUUGUGGAGACCAUGACUCGAAGGAACAUACAUGGAUGAUGUUUCCAGGAUCAUAUAUUUUUGUUCGCAUGCCUUUCCAUGCAACUCAUACCACAUUGGAAAAAGAUCAAGAAUGGCUGGUCUGUGACACAAAAAAACUGCAGAGCUAUGUGAAGGAAAAAUCUCUUUUGAUUUCAAAAAGAGGAGCUCUUGCUGACUGGAUUAGUCCUGACCUCGUUAAGUCAAUGGUCACAUUAACAGAUACACCUAAGUCAACGUGAGCCAGUAUCUCAAUUUUGUUUUCUUGUUCUUGGCAUUUUUAAAAAAAAAAUUGUGGAAAAUGCACAAUUCGACCUAAUUUGGUACUAAUAUAUAUCCUUUUGUGUCAAACAAACACUGAUUAUUUAGACUCUAAGCCACUUCGAAUUGUAGAGGUGCUUGCCCUUAGAUUGACUAUACUUUUUGUUCAUGUGGAUGAGCUUAUUCUAGUUAUAACCUGGCCUUGUGAUAAUUCUCCAUUCAGGAUGAGAACGAUAAGGCUUAACCACUUUUAAUAGUGCCAUUAUACCGAUUUGAAUUUCUGUACUUUGAACUUGCUUUACUUUCUUUCCUCUUAACUUACUGUCCAUAAAAGUG